AUGGACCAUUUGCCUGCGGCCCCUACGCCGCCCGUGAACAACGGCAACAUGGGUUCUAACCAAGACCGCACCUCGAAUCUGUUGAGCCUUCUCAAGUUUGGCGGCUCUGGAAACACCGUCGCCCAGCAGAGACAGUCACAGCCGCCGCAACAGCAGCAACAUCAUCAAUCGAUAGUUGACGAGCAGCAAUCGCCUCCUCCCCAGCAGUUGCACUCACCGCCGCAGCCGCCUGAACAUCAGCAGAACCAUCACCAGAGCCUUGCUCACCAUCACGCUGACAGCUCGUUCCACGGCAGCCACCAUUCGCUUGGUUUGCAGCAACAGCCUCAGUUCCCCACGCGGAUUCACCAGCCUGCACCCGCUGCCGCAGACCCAACCGGCCUGCUUGCCGCGCUAAUGCGUGGUGCCCAAGACGGCGACAACGAGUCCACCAAGGACCAGUCGUCCCCUGCACCACCUCCUCCUCAGCAGCUGGCUCACCAGCAGCCACCUAGCGCUUUUAGCAACGAGUCGCCCUCUGCUGAUACGAGAUCCUUCCUGCUCAAUUUGUUGAACCGACCGAAACCACUCCAGAACGAGCAGCAGCCGUUGCUUACCGAAUCGUCUCGCUCCAACAACCACACGCCCCAGUCCUCGUCCGAGAUCGACCAGAGCCAGAUUCUUGCUCAGUAUAAGCAGUCGCAGGAUCCCUAUGCUGCGGCAAAGCAAUACCAACAGUCCAAGAUGUACGGCGAGAGUGGUGGCCAUCACCAGUCGCAGUCUGGCGAGCCGGUGCACUAUUCUUCCUCCCAGCAGGAUCCCGCCGAAGCUUCUGCUCUCUACCAACAUCUCAUGGGUAGCUUGAGCAACGCAUCCCCGCAGAGCAAUGCUGGUCAGUCGGCUAAUGCUGGUCCUGCGUUCCACAUCCUUAAGGAGCAUGCGUCACCAGGCUCCCAGCAUGCCGGCUCCCACCACGCUGGAUCUCAGUACCACGGAGGGUCUCACCACGGAUCCCAGCAUGGCUCCCACCGCGGCAGCUUGCACAGUGGAGUGACGAGCCCCAAUGACCUAACCAGACGCAAGUCGGUCCGGGCCCAGUCCAUGGCGUCGCAUCACUCUGCGUCCAAGCCUACCCCCAACUCGACCGACUUCGAGCGCUAUGUCGCUCCUGAGCACCACAAGGAACUCGUCUCCGAGCCGAUCCACGACAAAGCACACAAGGGCGACAGAAGCUCUUAUGAGAGCCUGGACCGAACAGAUGAGGAGCAAGAGCAGACACACGAGGAUAUCGCCAGCGAACUCGACAAGAUGCUCGAUGCUGACUCUGACCAAGAAUUCCACCAGCGGGCCCAAGUUGUUGCUGAGGCUCUCGAAAAGGAGCUUGAUCGCAGCGACAAUGAAGGUGUCCUUGAGGAAAUCCUUCCUGUUGAAGAGGUCGAGGCAGUUCGUAGCGUCAUUCAUGAGGCCGCAGCUGAGAAUGUUGCAGACAGCUGGGAGAGUGCCGACCAAGACGAAAUCGUGGUCAUUGAGGAGAAGGAACCCACACCAGUCAGGGUCUUCAACUUCCCCAUGAAGCCCUGGAUCUCCAUCACCCUCAAUGAGGGCACAACCGAUCCCAGGCCCGAGUUCCGUGACGAGGCUACGAUGGACAUCGCUCGGCUCAAGAAGGAAUUUGACCAGAUCGACCGAAAUCUGUACACUGCCUCGGCCAACUACAUGACCUACGGCAUGUCCAAGCAGGGAGGACUUCGCGUUAUUCGCCAGGAUGACGGCAAGGACGCCAAGGUUUUCACAGACACCAAGGACCGUAUCUUCAAUGUGGCCAUGUCCGUCACUCCAUCUGACCACAAUGGCACCCACAAAGAGGCCAUCAUUGGUACUGGCAUCAGCGGCACUGUCUACUGGGUCCAGAUUCGGGAUGGCGAGAAGGACCAUAUCGAGGAUGCCCAUCUCGAGCAGUAUGGCUUUGCUCUCCCCCCGAUGAACUCGUCGGAAGGUGAUACUCCCGGCGGUGUACUCAAGACACGGGCGCGUGCUUCAACCAUUCACCCAGAGUUCUUUGCGGUUGGACGUGGCAAGUCUAUCAACUUCAUAUGGCCUUCCUACAUUCUCCAGAACAACCUCCUCAAGCCUGGCCAUGAUCGAGCUGUUGACACGGACACCCUGUCCCAAAAUUGCUCUCUCAAGAUCAAUACUGGCAAGGCUGGCAAGGACUUUACGUUCAGUCAGGACGACACCGUCGUCGUCUCCCUUGAUAAGUCCGGUCGGGUCAAGUUCUGGGACGUCCGAGACCUGACGGCUACCAAGGAGGGCUGCGAUCCUCGCAACCCUAUUCCUGAGCACACUUCUCUUGAGGUUAAGGAACCUUUGAUGACCCUUGCCAGUACUCCAGAAGGGGAGAAAGCCUGGCCGACAUCUGUUCUUCUUCUCGACAAGCAGCGCCCCUACCAAAAGAGGUGUGCUCUUCGAUACAUGAUUGUUGGAAUGAAGCAGAACCAUACUCUCCAGCUCUGGGAUCUUGCUCUGGGCAAGCCUGUCCAAGAGUUCAACCUCCCUCACAGCAAGGAGUCGGAUGCCGUCUGCAGCGUCAUGUACCAUCCUUCCUCGGGUAUGAUCGUGAUUGGUCAUCCUACUCGCAACUCGAUUUACUUUGCCCACUUGUCCGCUCCCAAAUAUAACCUUAAGAGCGUUACCCAGGCAGAGUACAUUCAGCGCCUUGUCGCACAGGACUCGUCUAUUCCGCAGCCGGAUAGUACCGCUGUAAUUAGUGGCGUUCGCGAAUACUCUUUCGAGAACCGGGGCAACCUUCGAAGUCUUGACAUCCUCUCUAACCCCGCCAUGGUCCAAGACACGGACGAACCAACCCUCUUCGAGCUGUACGCCAUGCACUCCAAGGGUGUUGCCUGCCUCCUCAUCAAGCAACAGGAACUUGGUUGGUCGAAGGACAACAAGGUCCUCUACCCCGUCGAAGCAGUGGAUGAGGGCAUCGUUUCGGUGUCGAAGCUCAAGUCACCUCAGCCGAUCGAGACCUCGCCAGACAGUUCCUCUCACGCCCGCAACGGUACCCGAGGGCCCACCAAGGAGACCCCUCAACCUGCCACCAGCAACAAUCACGCGGCCCAGCCUCAGAAUGACAUAGUCGCUCGCGGCUCCGAAGCGGUCACGCCAGUCAAAAACAAGAUCGAACCAAAGGAAGCCGAGACCCCCGUGCCCUCCAAGGAGAAAGAGAACCAGGCCGAUAAACCUGAGCGCAAGCCACGUAAGAAGAAGGGCAAUGCCAACCAGCUCGAGGCAACGACGAAUGGAGCAAGUGGUUCUCACGGCCAAAAGGAGGCACCCAAGGGGCUUAUUCCUAUGCCAAACGGUGUGACAUCCGAGGCCUUUGAUACCGCUGUCGCCGGUCUAGAGCGCCGCUUGAGCGCUAAUCUCAACGAGAACUUGAAGUCCUCUCUCAAGAACCUUCAUGUCAAGAUCGACGAGGGUAUCCGUACACGCGACGAGGAAUUCAACAAUCACCAAGUUAAACUUUUGGACAUGGUGUCUGAGGUUCUAAACGAAAACACUCAGAAGGUGUUGGAAGCCCUUGUUCACCAGAAGUUCACCGAGCUGGUCAUUCCUGCGAUAGGUGAUAAGGCCGGACGAGCUGUUAGCGAGUUACUCAACAACAAGCUACAGCCCAACGUGGCGAACUCUGUUCAGAAGGAAAUUCAGACCGCUCUCCCUCAUGCAUUGAACCGGUCUCUAAGAUCCGGCGAGUUCAUGAACAGCAUUUCCGAUCGUGUCAGCGCUUCCAUGAGCUCUACGAUUCAGAAGGAAGUGGUGGGCACUCUCACGUCGCGCCUGUCGUCCAGCUUCUCUACCAUUGCCAACCAAUCGACCCAGCACGUGGUCGGCGAAAUCCACCAACACUACGCGGAGCAGUUUGAGGCCAUGCAGGCUCAGCGGGUUGCGGACUCUGCCAAGAUUGACCAGCUCAUGACCCAGGUUAGACAGCUGACAGAUGUUGUGUCAACUAUUGCUUCGACCCAACAGUCUCUUCAAGCUGAGUUCCUGAAGCUUAGACAGCAGCCUCCUGUUCACGAGCUCCCAGGCGUGCCCGGUCCUCAAAACCAUGUGGGCGGUGCUCCGUCAAUGGGCCACCACAGCUACGGUGGUCACAGCAUCUCCAACAAGCCAUCCUCAACAGGCUAUCCUGCCAGUCAGGCUGCCAGCCACGGUCAACCCUACCACAACAACCACAUGGGUAGCCCUCAUUACGUGCGAGGCGGCGGUCCCAACUCACAGCUCGUCUCAAGCCCUCAAGGCUCGGUUGCUCCAUCUGAGCAGGUCCCCGUGCCUGCCGUCAGCACCCUCGCCGGAGCUUUUGCCAACCAGAGGAACAAGAGCGAGGCCGAGGUUGAUCACGAACUCCAGCAACGAAUCCGCAUCAUCGAACAGGCCAUCCAGGAAGGCCGCCUCCAGGAAGCCAUGAUCCAAUGGAUCCAGAGUGGUCGCGAAACCGAGAUCUUCCAGCGCUGCCUUUGUCGCUACUCUCCAAGCAGGUUUGACAGCCUACCUCCUUUGAUGCUUCUUGUCGUGAUUGCAACGAUUUCCAAGGAUCUGAAGCCCAACCCGCGUCUCAAGGAGGAGAUUGAAUGGAUCGAGAUGGCCGUUCGAACCUUUGGUGAAAAUAUUCCCAGCUAUGAGUGGGAGCAACAAGGUUUCCGCGAGGUCAUUCAGAGCGCCCUGCAGACACUCCAGCUCUUGGUCAACAAGGUGCGACCUUUCAUUGAAGGUAUCCAGGACGGCUACCCCACUGAUCCUUUCCUGGCGAACCUUGAACGAUCAAAGCUUGAGUGGAUUGUCCGCACAUCUGAACACAUUGCGCAAUCCUUUAGCGGUAUCAGGCACUAUGACUAG